GCAGCCCGUAAUCUCUCUAUCUUCUCCGCGCGACCAGAACGAAGUCCCCGCCGAACAAAUCUUGUAACCCUAUUUUUGUCCUUAUCCCAUCCUUCUUCAAAGUCUCUCUGCAAAGAAAGCUGGACGCUUUACUGCUCUCUGGAGCUAAGGGAUUCGAAGUGAACGAUGGAAAGUGAAUUAAUUGCAUUGUUCGAGACGGCGAAGAAGGCUGCGGACGCGGCGGCCGUCGACGGUGUCACCUCCUCAAGCCCGGAGGUCUCUCAAUCUCUCGAUGCCCUUGAACAGCUCAAGACGUUUCCCGUCACGUACAACACGCUCGUCACGACUCAGGUAGGGAAGAAGCUGAGGUCUCUUUCGAAACAUCCUGUUGAGGAGAUCAAAAGCGUAGCUACUGAUCUGCUUGAGACAUGGAAGAGAGUUGUCAUCGAAGAGACAUCCAAGUCUAAGAAGACCGAAAGCACGAACGGUUGCAAAGAGGUUAAGUUGGAGAGGAAGGAUGUUGAGAAGGCUUCGAACCCCGCGCCUGUGAAAGUUCAGAAGCUUCAGAGAGGUGAUUCAGCUAAGAGUAUCAAGGUAGAGAGGAAGGAGCCAGAGAACAAGGUUGUUACUGGCGUGAAGAUAGAGAGAAAAGAACAAGAGAAGAAGGUUGUUACCAGUGUGAAGGUAGAGAGAAAGGAACCAGUCAAUACCGGAGGCAAGAUGGAUCAUCGUGGUCAGACUACUGUUAAGGAUGAAAAGGUCUCAAAAGAAACGCUAUCAAGUGUGAAGGCUUCGGACAAGGCACCUAAUGGUGCUCCAAAGCUGACUUCAAUGGUCAAAUGCAAUGAUCCUGUGCGUGACAAAAUCCGUGAGCUGCUUGUGGACGCUAUGUCCAAGGUUCAUGGAGAGUCUGAUGAGUACGAUAGAGCGAGAGUAGUUGGAUGUGAUCCAAUCCGCGUUGCUGUUUCAGUGGAAUCUCAUAUGUUUGAGAAACUGGGCCGGUCAACGGGAGCUCAGAAGGUCAAGUACAGAUCAAUAAUGUUCAACCUGAGGGACAGUAACAACCCAGACCUGAGAAGGAGAGUUCUCACAGGGGAGGUGUCACCAGAGAAACUCAUCACACUGUCCGGUGAAGAGAUGGCAAGCGACAAGAGGAAACAAGAGACUAACCAGAUCAAAGAGAAGUUCCUGUUUGACUGUGAGCGUGGUCAGGCACCAAAAGCAAGUACUGACCAGUUCAAAUGUGGACGGUGUGGUCAGCGGAAAUGCACCUACUAUCAGAUGCAAACAAGGAGUGCUGAUGAGCCGAUGACAACUUAUGUUACAUGUGUUAACUGCGACAACCACUGGAAGUUCUGUUGAGGUGAGAUAUGUGUGUUGUUUUUUAUUUCAGGAGUCCGUGUCAAGACACAGAGGCCCUGAUUGAUUUAUCAGGAGCUUUCAUGUCUAUUUGCCACCAUUCUGUGAAUGUUCUGGCUCUGAUGUUUGUUUAAGGAUAUCAGUUCAGUGUCUUAGAGAUUAGUCAGUAGAGGAGUUUACUAAUUUAGCUGUUUGUUAGCUCUUAUCUCUUCUGCUUCUUUGAUUCCAAAUUGUCAGACUCAUUAUCUUUCUUGCAAAUUUUAUCAAAGUUUUGAAAUUUAUUAGUGUUUUA